AUGUUUGGUACUCAGCCAGUCAUACCCAUCGUCCUGAUGACUUCAGACGCAAAGGCCAACCACCAGAAGAUCACUGCCUUGUUAGAGUCCCGGAGCUGGUACAGACGAGGCAAGGAGAUGUUCCGAAUCAUCAAGCAACCUCUUGUGCCUGUAGUGGCGAUCGAGUCCGGAAAGUGGCUUGUGAGCCGGCCCCUGAGGCUGGUAAUGAAACCAGGUGGCCACGGCGUCAUUUGGAAGCUGAUGCAGGACCAUGGAGUGUUCGACUGGCUGCAGACGCAGGAUGCUGUGGCGGCAGUUGUGAGGCAGAUAAGCAACCCCCUUGCUGGCACUGACACCACCCUGCUGGCUUUGGCGGGCGCAGGGUAUUCUCAGGGGAAGGCGAUGGGGUUCGCAUCUUGCGAGCGUGUUGUGGGGGCAUCUGAGGGCAUGAUUGUAUUGCGACAUGAAUCAAUGCCUCCUGAAGGCAGCCACCCGCCAUCCCAUAAAUACGGGCUGACCAACAUCGAGUACACUGAGUUUGAGCGCCUUGGGAUCACUGACACAGCUGUUGAGGGCGGCAGCAGCACCAGCUGCUUUCCAGCCAACACGAACAUUCUUUACAUCGGCCUGGAGGCCACAAGGCAGGCUGUCAUGAGGGGGGCUGCAGAGGGCGGGGGUGCUGCCCUCCCAGGCCUGAUCUUCAACAUGAAGAAGAAGGUGAAGUACUACAACGAAAUAGCGGGCAAGGCAGUCGCGGAGCGCGCCGGGCGGAUGGAGUGCAUGAUGCAGAACUUGGCAGACUCCCUGGCGGACAGCAUGAGCACAGCGCUGCCCGUGGGGCGCCACGACCUGCUGUCCACCUUCAUGGUGCACAAUCAUCGACGGAGGGUGACGUCAUCGGCGAAGAGGAAGAUGGCCCCUGGGGCGACUAACCUGAGGCAGACUCCUGAGGGGUCGUUCUGGGACCUAAUGGCCAACGCCAAGGACUUGUUGAGGCUGUGUGGGGUUGAGACGCCGGAGUUGACGCCCAUCGACCAAUACUUAAGCACCGGCCCGUCCUUCAUCUUCCUCUUCCACCCAGCACUGGGCCCCCUUUGGGAGGUUGUGGCGCAGAAGGUCCAGGGCGGCCGCCUGACCCGCGGCUCCGAACUCGUCCUGGAAGUCGCCGAGGCCUGGCUGCGCGACGUCGUGGUCGACGGCAGCUUAGUCAUCGAGUCGGAUGACGUCAUGGGACUGGUCGAGGAUGACGCCGAGGGGCGAAACAACGAGCGCGGCUGGCGGGACCCCGCGACAGACGGAAAGACGGAAAGGCGGAAGGACGGAAAGACGGGUUUGUCGAGCGCCGGCAACGGUGGGGUUCCCCUGAAAGGCGAAUCGACGACAGGUUCGUCGAGAGACGACUCAACCACGGUUUCCUUGAGGAUCGGAGCGCCUGUAGACGAGGGGUGCUCGACUGAGGGGGGUGCCGACCCGCGGCUUGUGUUCGGCAGCCGCUGCGGCAGGGUGUGGAUGGAGAACGUGGUGGUGCGCAACCGGGGGCUGGACUGGAAGGCCCCGGGCAAUGUGUACUGGGAACACCAGGUCGUCCGGCGGGAAUGUGCGCGCGUGGUGCUGCACGGCCAAUCGGAGUUCGUGGCUGUGGACGUGGUGAUCGAGGGGGACAUGGUCUUCGAGGUGCCGCACAGGUGCCGCAUGGACGUGAGCAACGACGAACACGGGGGCGUCGUGACUACGCUGAUCUGUGUGGGCAGCGACGAACCGUCGUGGCAGUGGCGCUACACUCCUGGCGAGGACGGCAGUGUGCGCCUGGAAGUCUUUGAGCUGGAUCUCGAGCAGGAAGAUCAUUAA